AGCGCUCAAAUAAGCACCCAGAGUGUCACCCACUGACCCUUAUCCAACAGCAGGUUUUGGUUGUUCACUCGCUUUACGGAGAAAUUGCCAAGUUCCACGCGGCAACAGGAUACGGACGCAACUAUUUGUCCGCCCCUCCUUGCUUUCGGUUUGCUUUGCUCUCUUACGCACUACUGUCCUGAUACAGCGUUACCAUGGUUACAAAUAGCCGAUGUAAGACAUAGAACAUCCCAACUUCCUUGACAGUCCCAGUAUCCGCCCAGUGUCAACAGAGAGACCCGCUGGAGUCUUACCUGCAUCCAGGAGAGCGCACCAGACAGCAGCCGUCCAUGUGUUGCGCGCUACGGUCUACUAGAAAAAGAUUUGCAAGCUACCUACUUGAAGAUAAACAUCAUUAGACCAGAAGCUUUAGAUUUGAUUGUGUAUUUUCCGGUAAUUAUGCUGAAUAAAGGCACAUUUGUCAGCCCUUUUCCCAGACCGCGGUGUCUGGCGGCAGCGGCGCCGGCGGGGAAAGCGAAAUUAACUCACCCGGGAAAGGCGAUUCUGGCAGGUGGAAUUGCAGGUGGCAUAGAGAUCUGCAUCACCUUCCCCACAGAGUAUGUCAAGACCCAGUUGCAACUGGAUGAGAAGGCCAAUCCACCCAAAUACAGAGGAAUAGGUGACUGUGUGAAACAGACGGUACAGGGUCACGGUGUCAAGGGACUGUACAGAGGACUCAGCUCCCUGCUGUAUGGAUCCAUACCCAAAUCUGCAGUCAGGUUUGGGGUGUUUGAGUUCCUCAGCAACCGUGCAAAGGAUGAGUCCGGUCGACUGGACAGCACCAGAGGCCUGCUGUGUGGGCUUGGAGCCGGGGUGCUGGAGGCUGUUUUGGUGGUCUGUCCCAUGGAAACUGUCAAAGUUAAAUUCAUUCAUGACCAGACUUCAGCCAACCCCAAAUACAAGGGCUUCUUCCACGGAGUCAGAGAAAUCGUCAAGGCACAAGGAUUAAGAGGGACGUACCAGGGUCUUACCGCCACGGUCCUCAAACAAGGUUCCAACCAAGCUAUUCGAUUCUUUGUGAUGACCUCUCUCAAGAACUGGUACAAAGGUAAUAACCCCAAUAAAGCUAUGAAUCCCUUGGUGACUGGAGCCUUUGGAGCCAUAGCUGGAGCAGCCAGUGUCUUUGGAAACACCCCACUAGAUGUCAUCAAGACAAGGAUGCAGGGUCUGGAAGCACAUAAAUAUAAAAGCACAUUGGACUGUGCUUUAAAGAUCCUGAGACAUGAGGGCUUGGCAGCUUUCUAUAAAGGGACAGUUCCUCGGCUGGGCCGUGUGUGUCUGGAUGUGGCCAUAGUUUUCAUCAUCUAUGAGGAGGUGGUGAAGGUCCUGAAUACGGUCUGGAAGACGGACUGAGCUGCUGGACGUACAGAGAGGCUUCCUGCUUCCCAGGCAUCAGACACAGAUCCAAGUUUCGCAGACCUCUUCUGUAUCAUAAACCAGCUGCUUUCGGGAGAGACGGAGAGCUGAACUUAGAUCAGUGUCAUAUGCUAACGAGGAAGUUAAGGAGCUCAUAGAUGGGGGGCUGCAGAGAAGAAUUAAAGCCUGAAAAGAGGCUCAGUGUCGCCCACAUCUGGACAGCUGGAGUGUAGGCAGAGCUUUGCUGCUCAGCAAGACACCUGACAAGACCAAUGGUCAAUUUCACAAAGUGGGAUUAUAAAGUUAGCCAAAUAAUUGUCAAAAAAGAUGCUUGAUCCUAGAGAUACGUCAUCAAUUUCUAAAUGUGAAACAAAACCUGAAUAUUAUCUGGUUAAUUUUCAUUGUAAACCUGCUUUGUAAAAUACCCUCCUUCAGUGAAAAACGUUAUUUCUAGUCAUUCACAGAUGUUUUACUGAUGUUCACUGCAAAAAUGCAGGGGUCAUACUGGAUUUUUGGAAGUCUCUUCUUAUGCCUAAUAUGGUUUUAAAUCCAGAGGAGCCAGACCGCAGCUGGUUGCAGUUUACAGUCACAUAAACGUCAUUAACUUCCAUAACUAAGCCUUUAAUAGAAUGAUUUUACAUUUAUAAUAUGCCAAUUAUUUUUAUACAGUGCAGAUUCUAAUUUAGUUCACUACCAGCAUUAUAUUUUUUCUGUAAAGUACGAUAUAUUUUAUUCCUGUGCCAAAUGCCAAACCUGGGCACACAAAUGGGUCACAAGAUAAAUCUGAAGGGUUGUGAGAUAAUUAAUUAGAAAGGAACGAAGAAAAAUAUUCUUCUGCUAUAUACAUUUAUGUUAAUUUUUUCUGGAAAUCACAACGUGUAGACAUAAUAUGGAACCUGUGAUGAGUGGUCGCAAGUAGGCACUGCUUCAUUUACUGUAAAGGGGUCACACACCAAAAAGGUUGGUAAUGUCUUCAAAUCCAUUUCCAGUGCCGUUCUGUUUCGGUGCCAUGUUUCAUUCAGGGUUUGUUUUUACUUCUCACUCAUGUGCCUUUUGCUGUUGUGUUUGUUGGUAAAUGCUACUUGAGAAAUAUCUACUAUCAACCUAUUAAACUCUUCAAUCAUCUUACUGGCAAUUUGAGAUUUCUGUGGUCCAGGCAUAUUUUGUUUUAUAAUAACAAAUGAUUAUAAGAAGUGCUUGUCCUCCUUGUGUCGUCACUAGUGACAUGAAAAAAGUCAUAAUCUAUAUGUAUUACUGUAAUAAUUGUAUUUAAAUAUAGGUGGUUUAUAUUUCCCCAUUUCUGAAAUAAUGUUCAUCUUUUUUUUUGGCCAAACAAUGCUUAUGUUCCCUACUGCCAAAUAGCCAAGAGAAAAUGUUAUUGUUAUAGCAAAUCAAUGUAUUGCAGGGUUGUGUGUGUAGGCAAUGUGGUUCUUUAUGAUGAAGUUUGUGCAAUAAACACCGUCCCCCCCUUUUGUCUGUGCUUAAAGUCCUUUGUUGGGGGAUUUCAGAACUCAUUAAAACAAGCAUAUGAAAACUUGAA